AUGUUAAGGGACAUCAAACAUUUCAUUGCCAAAUGCCAUACUUGUCAACUUAAUCAUUAUGAAGCAAUAGCUCCUCCAGGUCUUCUCCAACCUAAUUCUAUUCCUGACAAAGCAUGGACCAACAUCUCCAUGGAUUUCAUUGAUGGACUGCCGGUCUCAGAAGGGAAAACAGUAAUAUGGGUAGUGGUUGACAGGUUGAAUAAGUUUGCUCACUUUGUGCCCAUGUCCCACCCCUAUAUGGCUGCCUCAGUAGCACAGCUGUUUGUGAAGGAGAUUUUUAGGCUACAAGGGGAAAAACCUCAUUCAUGGGUUCAAGCAAUUCCCUGGGCUGAAUGGUGGUAUAAUUCAGCAUUUCAUUCAACCAUUCAAAUGAGUCCCUUUCAAGCCUUGUAUGGCUACCCUCCCCCUACUGUAGCUCAAUCCAGGAUGAAGACAACUUAUGAUAAAAGGCAUACUAAAAGGAAAUUUGCAGUUGGGGAUCAUGUAUAUUUGAAGUUGCAGGUCUAUAAACAACACUCAGUGCACCAGCAGGAUCGGCAUAAGCUAUCUCCUAGGUACUAUGGCCCAUUUGAGGUCACUGAGAGAAUUGGUCAAGUAGCCUAUAGGCACUCCUUGCCAAAUGGCAUGAAGAGAUUUCAGAGAUGGAUACGUACAAAGUAA